AAUGGCUCCCAAAACCAGAAAAGCGCUUGUCAGGGAGACACUGCAGAACCUGAGAAAAGCUAAAUUUGAAGCGUUUGUUGAGGCGCUUCUGGAUCGCAGAGAGGAGCCGCGGGUUAAAUGCGCUGAUGUGGAAGAUCAGGGUUUCUUAAAGGUCACAAACGUCGUGGUUUCCACAUUUACUGAGCAGAAAGCUCCUCAGGUGGUUGCAGAGAUACUUCGGGAGAUCGGCUGCGGAGAGGAGGCAGAAAAACUCGUUGCAGAGACAGGUGGACAGUCCUCAAACCCUGGUUCCAGUGACGCUGCAGGACCCUCACCUGGAGCAACAGCUGGAAAUACAAUGGCAGAAGGUGGAUGCACCAAUAAUGAGCACUUUGUGGACAAACAUAAACUUGAGCUGAUCAAGAGAGUGACCAACAUUGCAGCGAUUUUGGAUGAGCUCUUGGACAAAAAAGUCAUCGACGAUGAAAAAUGGGAAGAAAUUAGGAAAAUGCCCACCCCUAAUGCUAAAGUGAGGGAGGUCUAUAUUUGCAUGAGAGCUGGUGACGAAUGCAAAAAUAUCUUCUUUGAAAUCCUUAAAAGACAGGAGAAGUUUCUCAUUGAAGACCUCCAGAAAAAGAAGUAAAUGUUACGGUGAAAUCCAUCUUCAGACCAAACAUGAAUUGUCUUCCUGAACACAAAAUAUCUUUAUACGUUAUCAGUGAUGAACGACUAAUGUUAAUGCUGCGUCUCUGUGGAGGUUUUCUACUUGGGUUUUUUAACAACUGUUGUCCUUAAUUUUACAGCUAAACUUGGUGACAUUUCAGUGGAGUUCAGUGUGUUCCCCGUCCUGAUGAGUGAGGCUCAUUUAAAUGCUUCAUUUUAAACAAAACACAUCAUGAGAUUUCCUGUCAGGUUUGAAAAAAAACAUCCAGAAAAUGUUUAUCAGACAAUCAUGUAAGAAAUGAAUUAAGGAUCUCAACAUCCAGUGUUUAAUGUGGAACUGGAGUCGUUAAUGAAAACAGUAUUAGCAGAAUUAUUAUCCUUAAUGUAAAGCUGGUUUUAAACUUUCACUCAUGUUAAAGCUUUUUUUUAAUUUCUUUUUUUUAUCACUUUAAGCUUGAUUCAAAAUAUUUUCUAAAUAGAAAUUUAUAAUACAAUCUUAUGGUUUCUGUUUGUGAUUCUUACAUUUUGAGUGUCUUAAAAAUAGUGUAUGAAAUAUAUCAUGAUGUAAUGGAGUUUAGAAAUCAUGUGUUUCUAUGAGGUUUUUAAAAAUGUGCACGUUGAUCUUAAAAUGUAUGUUUGUCUGUAAUUGAGAUGAGAAAAUUACAUUUCAUGCCAAGUCAAGUAUGAAAAAUGUCAGUGCCAAAAUUGAAAUUCCUUGUUUAUUUAAACAUUAUAUGCAGCCUUUAUCUUGCAGUGUGCUAUAAAACCGUGCAGAGAAAUGGGCGUGAGGAAAGGAGGAGUUAAGAGGCUGGGUGACUGUUUAGAAGAUCACUACCUCAUAGACACCUGCCCCCGGGAAGAAGCUGAAGCUAGAAAUGUAGAGCUCCUGGAUUUUAUUCUGGAUUAUUCUGGAUAUAGAACAAGGUCCAAUAAACCCUUUAAAAGCAUUUUCUACAAAGAUUUCUUAGAACGCUCUUGAUUUCUUAGAGCGUUUCCCAAGGCAGCACUUGAGAGCGAGUCCACUCACUGUUCAGAGCUUCUUAGUGUCAGCAGACCUGCUGUGGGCAAACAACAUACAAACCAUAAUGUCAUUUUUUUUAAGUAUAUUUUUUCUGCUUUUUAUGCCUUUAUGUGACAGGACAGUAUAUAGUAGAGAGAGACAGGAAACGGGGAGGCAGAGAGAGGGGGAAUGACAUGCAGUAAGGGCCGUCCGAUGCGAGGACUGUAGGCUCUACACAUCUCUCAGGAUUAAAGUAUAGUUCCUCCUGCAGGUUCUGGACCUUUUUACGACCUUGUAAUGUAAUGUAAUAUAAUGUAGUGUAAUGUAAUGUAAUGUAAAUGACAAUUUAGGUUUUGAUUUUGUAAAAGUCUGCAGAUACAGAACAGUAUUGAUGAUCCUGUGCUUCCAGUUUUGCCCUCACACUGUGCAACUGUUCACACUCCAAGGUCUUAUGCUCGCUGUUUUGUAACUCUUGUUUUUCAUAAAUACCUAUUUUCUUAUUUCUGAUUUUUUUUAAAAAAGAUAUUACAGGAAUGUUUGGGAGAGAGAGGAUGACGUGCAGCAAAGAGCCACAGCUCAGACUGAUUGUACACAACCAUAGUCGUGGUUAUGCACUUUUGUGUGUAACACAAGCAUCUGUUGCUUUUAAAUAAAUUGAUAUGACUUAA